AUGACGGUGCCUCUUCCCUCCACUCCUCCACCCCCUCGGGAUUUCCUCACCGAGUACUCCCUAGGCCGGCACUUAGGCAAGGGCGCGUUUGGCGAGGUCUUAGAAUGCACGCACAAGGCGACGGGUCGCCAGUUCGCCUGCAAGCGAAUUGACAAGCGAUUAAUCACCUCCGAGUCGGACGCCGCGGAGGUGCGCAAGGAGGUCGCGAUUCUGCAGCAGCUCACCGCCGCGGGCCCGAGCCGCCACGGCGGAAUCGUGCAGCUCGUCGAGGCGCUAGAAGACGGCGCCGCGGUGUACCUCGUUAUGGAGCUGUGCGAGGGCGGAGAUCUAUUCGAGCUUAUCAAAUCCGAUCACGCAGCGGGCAUGCCGGAGGACAUGGCUCGGGAGAUCUUUCGCCAGGUGGCGCUCGCGGUGGCGUACUGCCACGCGCGCGGCGUUCUGCAUCGCGAUAUUAAACCCGAAAACAUCCUCUUUACAGGCCCCAACCAGCCCGCACCCGCCGCAGAUUCCGGCGCGGAAUUCGGCGCAGAAUCCGUGGCCGCGGAAUGCUCGCGGAAAGAUUCCGGGGAUUCUUCCGCCGCCGCGUGGCGCUGGCGGGUGCGCGUGGCGGACUUCGGGCUUGCGCUCUUCCUCCCGCACGGGCAGAUGGGGCACGGCAUGGCGGGCAGCCGCUUCUACACCGCGCCGGAGAUGGUCCGCGGGCGCAAAUACGGCAAGCGCGCGGACGUGUGGAGCAUGGGGGUAGUGCUCUGCGCCAUGCUCACGGGGCGCGUACCCUUCGCGGGGAAGGACCGCACGGACGCGGAGGGCUUGCGGAGGCGGCUCAAGGCGGCGGAAGUGCUGCAGCACCCGUGGGUGCUCGGGCUCGAGCUGCCGGAACUCACGGCGGCAGACGCGGCAGCGGAUGUGGUUAUGGUGGCGGAUGCGGCGGGUUCGGCGGAAAAGGUUGUUGCAGUGAAAGCGCAAGCGGAGUUAAAGCCGGCGGUCGCAGUAACGGCGCCGUGCCGUGCGGAUUCGAAGGGUGAGGGAGAAGAGGAGAGAGAGAGGGGGAUUGGUGCGAACGAGAAGGAGAUUCAGCAGCAAGCGGAGCAGCAAGCGGAGCAGCAGGCGGAGGGUAACGCGCAGAUGGUUCCCAGCAGCGCUGUGCCUCCGCCCAUCGUCCCCCCAGCCGCUUCUCCUUGCGCUCCACCCACUGCCCCGCGCGUCGCCUCCCCUCUCCGCUCCGCUGCUUUUCCCGUUCGCCCUGCCUCUCCUGCUCGCCCUGUAGGGUCGCCUAUUCCCAUUCGCCCCAUCGCCCAGCCACCUCUCGCAUCGACCUUCGCUCAAAUGGAAGCAGCAGACAUGGACGGUUAUGGCGGCAUGGCGGAUGUGGCUGGUGGCACUGAUGGCAUGGCUGCGGGUGGAAUGGCUCCGGAUGGCAUGGGUGCUGACGCGUCGCUUUCCAUCCCGCUGAGCCUAUGCCCACCGCCCAUUGCAGUGUGCCGGAAGAAGAGCCGCCGGGAGGAGUAUGAGGAGGCGUUUGUUCCUGGACCCGUAGGAGGCGAGAGCGAUUGUGCCGACUUGCUUUCCGCCGACUCUCCUCUCGCCAUCGCCGCCAAUCUGCCCCGCGCCUCCGCCGCUUUCGCUGCUCUUGGUACUGGGGGAUUAGGAUUAGGCAUCCGGCACGCUUCUUGGUCGAGUAGCAGCAGCAGUCUGAGUGGCGCCGGCAGCGGCGGAGGCGGAGAGUUUCUGGGGUUUCCGUCGCCUUCCAAGAAGUUCCAAGAGAAACGCUUGAUUGGCUACACGCCAGAGCAGGUGUUUGACGUGGUGGCCGGGGUGGAACACUACUCUGACUUCCUCCCAUGGUGCGUGGGUUCACACGUGCUGUGGCGAACACCUGACGGCAUGGAGGCGGAGCUGGAGAUCGGCUUCCGCAUGCUGCGGGAGAAGUACCUCUCACGAGUCACCUACAAGCGGCCAGUGUUCGUGACGGCUCGUUCAACCGACACGGGGCUAUUCCACCAUCUCGACAACCACUGGGAGUUCUCCCCUGGCCGCCUCCCCGGAUCCUGCCUGCUCUCAUUCUCCGUUGACUUCCAGUUCCGCUCCCUGCUCUACACUCAGUUUUUGGACCUUUUUUUCGACGAGGUGGUGAGCAGCCUUGUCAAUUCGUUUGAGCGGAGGUGCGAGGAGAUUUAUGGUCCAAGCAGGGUAGUUUUGACAAAUUGA